AUGGCUACUACAACAACAACCAAGAAAAGGUUAGUAUAUAAAAAGGACCCGGACGGAGUUUACAGAAUCAAAAAGGAAGCUACUCCAUCUUCAAGCGCCGAAGUCAAAUCGUCAAAUAAUUCAUCAGCUGAUAAAAGUGUACAGGAUUACCUCGAUCAGUUGAUCAACUUGACAUAUACUAUCGUCGAAGAACCUUUGCCUGCCCCCAAACCAUCUGCACCAGCAGUUGUCCCCUCGACUAAACCCACGUCUGCAGGCACCAAACUUGGAGCGAAGCCCAAGUCGAGAAAAAAUAAUCAGAAUUCGCGCGCUAAUCUUAGUGACGCUGACAGCGUAAACUCAGAUCAAAACACCACUGGUGCUCCGCAGUCGUUUACUAUACCUGUACCUCAAGUAUCUGCUGAUUCUGCUACUACUGACGCAAAUUCUGCAGGCUUACACAAGAUAUUAUCACCAAUACCAAAAGUUGCCACACACCACGCACCCACCGUAAAUACUAACCUUGCAGGAGGUGUCGCACUGUCAACAACAGCUUCUCCCAUCAAAGAAUCACCAUCGGCAAAUUUACCAACUACACUAUUAGAUCUCCCCACAACCAAAUCAUUUCACAUCCCAUUCCUUUCCGUAUCAAUGUCUGCCCCAAUGGAAAAUUUAAGGUUCCAUUGGCCUAGUUUCAUAGGAGGCUCUGCAAUUGCGAUUGUCUUACAGCAGAUGUCUCCACUACUUUUGGAUCAGGCGUUCACUAUGUUGAACAUAUUGAAAAAUUUGGGGAUUGUUAGUGCAGUCGCUGGACUUCUCUUAUGGUAUUUAGGGUUGAUUAGAUCUCAAGAUAUCCAGACAGUAAAAUGGGUGCUCUUAAAUAUGAGGCAGAGAUUUUGGGCUGGAAGAGUAGGAACACUCGUUCCAGCUACUGCGGUGGCUGAAAAUGUGGAAGUCUACGAUGCUGCUGACCCUGAGAUAGUCGAGAAUGCUGAGGUAGUAACAAGGCCGUCGCCUACACAUAAACAAUUCUCCAGAGACUCUUUCGUCAGAGACCCUUCGCCACUUAAGAUCCCAGUUGCACCUCAGCAAGGUGCUCAAGGACCCGCAAGGCCAAGAAAUGUAAUAAGACCAACAAGAGGAGGGUAUCCAACAAACGACGUGAGAACUGAGUACGUUGAGAAUAAAACGCCGAGAAAUACACCAAUGAGACAGGCUAUGCCUAAACAACAAGUGCAGCCUGGGUUUAAGAGAAACAACUCUGAUAUGCCACGUCAAGCUCAAUUCGGUAGGUACAAUCAUGAAGGGCAGAACAUGCAAAAUUCGAGAACCUUGUCUCAUGAUGCAUUGGAAAAAUUGGCCAAACAAGGCUACAAGGGGGUCCAAAGAACUACUUUUCAGCCUCCCCGUACUCUGGAUGACCUGGACGUUUUGCCUUUUGUGAAUAGAAUUAGGCUUGAGGACGAGGACCUUGUUGAAUUGGAAGAUAACAAUCAACGUCCAUUACCUGCUGUUCCAUUGCCAGCUCCUAGGAGAAGAAUAUCCCAAGACAGCAUGCAAAGUCUAGGUAUUGGAAGACUGAACACCACUCUGAGCGCCAGAUCUGUUCUUGGAACCAGAAAGAAUUACGGAGAGUUCGUUGCUGCGGCCGAUGACAAAUAG